AUGGCCUUCAACUUCAUUCGCGCCUGGCUCAAGGUCAUCCUCCUGUCGCCAUAUCGUCUACUGCGCGCAUUGCUAGCCACGACCGCAAAUUCUGUUAACCCCAAGGCAAGAGGCAUAAAGGGAAAGAUGCCAAAAUACUAUCACGACGACGAGGCGUGGGCGGACAUUGUGCCACUUCCACAGGAUGACGGCGGCCUGCAUCCACUCGCUGCCAUCGCGUACUCGGAAGAAUACAGCGAGGCCAUGGGCUACCUGCGCGCCGUCAUGGCGAAGAACGAGUUCAGCGAGAGAGUCCUUGGCCUUACUGAGCACAUCAUCAGCAUGAACCCAGCACACUACACUGUCUGGCUCUACCGCGCCAAAACCAUCUCGGAGAUCGGGCGAUCACUGAAAGACGAAAUCGCAUGGCUCAACCCGACCGCACUCAAGCACCUCAAGAACUACCAGAUCUGGCACCACCGCCAUACCAUCAUCGACGAGCUCGGCUCAUGCGAGGGCGAACCAGAAUUCAUAAACUCUAUGCUGGAGCUUGACUCCAAGAACUACCAUGUGUGGAGCUACAGGCAAUGGUUGGUCAAGCGCUUCGAUCUGUUUGACAAGCCUGAGGAGCUAGAGUGGACACACAGCAUGAUCGAGGAGGAUGUGCGCAACAACUCUGCCUGGAAUCAUCGCUACUACCUAGUUGUUGGCGGCCGCGAGGGAAAGCCGAGUGCCGAUCUUGUGGAACGGGAGAUAGAGUACACCAAAGCAGCCAUCCGGAAAGCUCCUCAGAACCAGAGCACAUGGAACUACAUCUUGGGCAUCAUUCGCGCAGCGGAACUUCCCAAGUCGACUCUCAAGGACUUUGCGGGUGAAUUCGCUGAUGUGCGGAAGCCAGACGAUGUCCACUCGAGCCACGCCCUCGAUCUUCUAGCGGACAUAUAUGCGGAAGAAGAAGAUAGCAAAGAGAAUGCGGAGAAAGCCCUGGAGCUUUUGGCCACCAAGUACGACCCGAUCCGCGCAAACUACUGGAACUUCAGGAAAGGCCUCCUCGAUCACCCGAAGGUUGCUGCUUAA